GAUAUAUUUAUUCGUGGUCAAAAGUUUCGCUACUACGCCCUGCCUCUCCAAUCUAAUAGCAGGAUUCCCUAAUCCAGCCAUCUCGAAAUGUCCGACCCGGAAAACACACCCGCGCCCCAAUCGGAGCAAGACUCCUCUUCGCCACCGCCCGCCCAAGACCAACCCGUCGCCGCUGACGCCAAGCUCGGCCCCGCCGGCGUCUCCUUCAGCAUAUGGCCCCCCACUCAGCGCACGCGCGACGCCGUCAUCACUCGCCUCAUCGAAACCCUAUCCUCCCCCUCCGUCCUCUCCAAACGUUACGGGACAAUGUCCCCCGACGAGGCCUCCACUGCCGCCCGCCAGAUCGAGGACGAGGCCUUUUCCGUCGCCGCCAGCUCCGCCGCCUCCGACAACGACGGGAUCGAGAUCCUCCAGGUCUAUUCCAAGGAGAUUAGCAAACGGAUGCUCGACACCGUCAAGGCCAAAUCCACCACCGCUUCCGCCGCCGUCGAUAUCGGGACUCCUGCCUCCGAUGCUGCUCCUGCCCCCGCCGCAGAUGGCGACUCCGCCGCUGGCGCCGAGUCCGAAACCUGAUCAUUCGGGAUUAUAGUAUAUUAAAUUAGGGUUCCCUUUUGAGGGUUUAUAUUUUAAUAUUAUGAUGUUCCAUUUGUAUAACUUUGUUUAUUUCUCGUGCUGCCAAUCUUCAUUAUAAAUUAUUCCCUUGAACAUCUUGUUGUUUUAUUGCUUGCCUGGAAACAUUAUUGCGCGUGUGUAAUUAUUGUUUGUUUGCUUGUUUUUUUAAGUGAAUUCUCACUUUAGUUCCUUGA